AUGCACAUGUUGUUUUGUCUGAUUAGUCGGUAUUUAAACUUACACCAUCCUUAUGUCGUGCCCCUCUUCCAGCCCCCCCCCCCUCUUCCCGCUGUCCCGGCCGCGCUUUUCGGCUUCGAUGCCUUCGAAAUGAAAACAACGGUAUUUGUUUUUGGGGGAGACGAGCCAAAAACAAAUAUUAUUAUCAAUUGUGGUCGUUGCAGGCGGAACGACUCGAGUCGACUGGUCAGUACGGUUGAGGACCGACUGGUCGGAGAAGGCAUCAUUCGUGUUGGUGACUGAUUGAGCGGAAUCUAAUCAGUAAUUGGUGGAUUCUUGAAGUUACUUCAACUUACUACAACUUCUUUGGCCUUCUCAGCCAAACACGCCAGCCAUUCUUUUCGAAACGCUUUUCCAGUCCAACCAAAAUUAACGUCUUCACGCGUUGCCUGUCCUCGCGACGGGCGCCCGCCGUCCAGGAGCAUCAGAAGAAGCCCAUUCCGGACUCGCCCGGCUCUUUGGCUAGCCGCGAUUCGGGCGCUACAGCCUUGUCUAUUAACUCAGUAGCACCGGCUCAAGUCAAAGUGCCAGAGAAGAUACCGAUUGGACUGCCCGAUACGACUGAUAAACGGUUACCACGCCUUGACUCGCCUAUUUUACUCGGUAAGUCUUUACUUUUAAGUGAUUUUUACUCUGUAAAAGUGUUGUUUUCAUAUUCUAGUAUGUUGAGAAAGUUAUUUUAAGCACUGUGCCCUUCUGUUGUAACAUGCCUUUCUAUUGUCACAUAGUACUGUACUUUUUUGACACAGUACCUUUGUCCUCGGUUUCAUUAUCUUGUUCAUGUCUCUUUCUCAUGUCCUAGAAGCCCUCAAACCUUGUGUUCUAUACUCGGUGCUAUCCCUUCUAGGACACGAGGACAAAGCAAAGGGCAGGGAAAGUGCAAUCCGGUUAGAAUUGGAGUUUGGUGCAGAAGGGGGACAGUACGAGGGUUGUGACCUCAGGGGAUUAGUCUUCGCAUUAGACAAGGUGUGGUGGGGUUUUAUGGUUUACAAGGUAUGUAGAGUAUUGGGAAGUGUGGAUAAUAUUAUAAUAGGAAGUUUUAUGGUUUACAAGGUUAUAUGAAGGGGUGUUAGACAAAGUGUAAAGGUUUAUGUUAUACUAGGUAUGAGGGUAUUUAUAAAGCUGUAAGAGUAUAAUUUUGCUUGGCUUUGUAUGUAUUUUUGGCUUUUUUGAUACCACUAAUUUGGCAUUUCACGUCAUUUUUGGUUGGAAAGUAAAAGUAAUUGGCUUGGAGAUAAUAGAUGUUUGAACGAAGAGAUAUUUUUGGUUUUUGAACACUAUUCGGCUUUUUUUGAGAUUUAAAAUAACUUUAGAAGGCUUUUUAGUAAAGUAAUUUUAAAAAGAUUGUUUAAUAUAACAAACACAUAUUUUACUACUAAUUUUAAAAAAACUCAAACGGAAAAUUACUUCAAAAUAUUAUAAUUUACCUCAGGAUAUUAUAAAUUAUGGCAAAAUAUUAGAAUAAUUAACUUUAAUUCGGAAGAGAAACCGGGAAUAAUUAGGGGAUAUAAUGUCUGAAUGCCUCCUCUUCCAUAUCUGUUCCUUGUGUCUUUGAACGAGGCCGAAACAAGCUCAUCAAGACGCCUGAGGGCCUUCAAGGAGCUCGCCCCGUUCUGCCACUAAUAAGCUCCAUUUUUCGUUUGUUCCGUUUCAUAACAGUAAUUGUAUGGGUAUCAGGGAGAUGUUAUAGUCGUUGUGGUACCGAUCUUAACAUUACUAUGCUGUAUGUAAAAAUUUAAAAGUUUUUUUAUUAUUUCGUAUUCUACAAUUAUUUUUUAGAAACCAGCCGGCGGAAGAUUCUGGCCUUUGUGCACGGCUCAAAAGACGUUGUUAUAUCGACCGGUCGAGCCAUCGGACGAGUCGUAAUGGGUGCCAGUUCAAGCUCGUCAAGCCCAGAACCCGAAGAUAUCGAAAGUAUGGCAGCUAAACUACAUCAACUUCUGACACAGAAGCCGUGCAGGAUGAGUGACAUGCUCAAGGUUAUUGGGUAAGACUUUUAUUUAAAUUCUUAAUAAAAAACGUUUUAAAUUUAAAAAAAAAUAGAUUGAAAAAGCGUACAAAUGAUGUUUCUGUGAACUUCUGACUAAAAAUAUUUUAGUAAUUAGGGGAUAUUUUAAUUAAUUGUAGUUGUUAUGUCAAUGAACUACAAAGUAAUUUCCUCAAAAUACAAAGUUAAUUACUUCCAAAUUUGAAUUGUUUAUUAUUGUGUCAAAACUUUGGUCCUUAAAGUGUAAAACUACGUUAGAACAUCAUGUUGUGCCAUUAAACUCAAUAAAAAUCAAAAAAUUCUUACAAAAGCCUUAUUCAUUGAUCAAAAUCAAUCAUAGUGCCUUUAUAUAUUAGACAUAAAAACUGAUAACUUGUGUUUUCAGAAUUCUUGGAGAAGCUUCACCAACCGAGAAGCAAGAACUCAUCAGACUAGAUGUUCUCUCCAGAAUCCUAGCCGAAAUCGAACAAUGUUCCCACCUCGACCAUCUAAAUGUACGUCAGCCUUCUGGAGACGAUAAACGGCGUCAACGGAUGUGGUCACGACGACCUAGUACAACAUCGUCAAACAGAGGCACUGGCUACGGUCGAGGCUCCACAAAGUCACGGUGGGACAUUGAAAGAACGGUGGAGGAGAGAAUCGCUCAAGAAGAGCAUCUGAUGUGGCUACUGUGCUCACUGACGACGUUCCUAUGUGGAGAUGCUUUGAAUCUGUGUGAAGCCAAUGUUGAUCUGCUGCCGCCAAAAGAUCAGCCCACGAUUCAGAAUGUUGUUAUCGAUGAAUUGAGCAGUUCUCCGUUGUUGGCUUUGUUCGAGUAUCACUUUAACAAUGACAGUGUGUUUGAUAUCAGUCAGCACAUGGACUUUUAUCAAGUAAGUCAACUUCUAUUAUUGGUUUGUGUUUUCAGGACCACAACGAGCUUGAAAAUAAUAUUAAAUGUCCUCUCCGCACUCUACAAAAUGUUUUAAACUUAAUUUUGUUCUAAAAUAUAUUGUUUUAGGCGUUGAUAGAGCUAGCAGCUGCCCUUGCCUACAUUCCAGACUUCCUGCCCUUAAUGGUACAGCCAAAGCCGGACUGUAAAUCGAUUGUAAAAGAGCUACUUCCGCGUUUUAAGGCUACUUUGAAUGCUUAUCCCAGUUCAGUCCGAGGCCAAUCCUCCCCAGACUUUGCUUUGAUGGACUUCAUCAGGAAAGUGAACGAUCUCUCAGAUGUAAGUAUAUUGUUUUACAUUCCACUUUAGACUGUCUGUGGUUGAAAGGGUUUAAAUGCACUUCACCGUCAUCUUUGUUGUCUAUGACGACUUGGUUCAAUAUUGUACAUAAUUUUGUAAAGUAUAUUAGAAAACCUUUUGUAUGAUACUUUUUUUGACAAUUAUUGAAGUAAUUCCGUAUUUUACCUCAUCCACUUCACGGAAAUCGUAGGAAUUACUUUUACAUCCACUUCCAGAAAAUUAUUAAUAGGGAAGACCCCCCACCCGGUCUAAAAAUAACGAGAAACUUUUUAAUUUGGAAAUUGUUGCACGCAAUUACAGCAGAGUAAUUGUGAUUACUCUGCCGUAAUUGUAAAAGGAAUUGUAAAUCCCUGACCUUUUGUAUUUACAGUAUAAGAGAUUAAAAUAAACCGCUUUGGGAAGUACUAUACUUCGAAACAAUCUCAGUAAUUAAACACGUUAUAGUACAAUAUAGCAUGAUUGAAACGUGACUGGGAUUAGUCGUGGUACUGUGAAAUCAAAUCAUAGUAGAUUAAUUGAUUAUAAAAUGCUUAUUGUACCACAAUAAGCACCUAGUAAAUAUUUUACCACAAACUUUUCAACACAGUCCUUUUUUAAUACGGUAACCCUACAGUACCAAUUUGAAUAUAAUAACCCUACAAUAGCAACCUCAUUUUAGAUAAUUUUCAAAUUGACCAAAAGAUACGAGGUCACCGUUCCUCCAGAACGCCGUAUCAAAACAGCCGUGAUUGGAAACCGGAAACGCCCUUCAAUACCGGUCGAACAAAUCGACCCUCAGGCAUUGGAAGUGAACAGUAAACUCCAAAUUAACGACAUCUACGCUGAGGCUUUGCAAGAUAUGCAAAUACAAACUCACAAGUAAGUUAUUACAACACAAAAUACGAUGUAAUAAUUAGAAUACUUAUUAGCAAGAGCUAUUUUUACAUUUGAUACCUACUACAAUAUCGAGUGUUGUAGGUAUCGAAGUGUAAUUCUGAUGUAGGUAGGAUUUGUAUUUAGGUAUUAUUGGUUUUGUAUAAUGUUUAAAAUAGCAUGUAUACCACAGUAAAUAUAAAAAUUACUUUUUAUUGUAGUAUGGGUUGGGUAUCAAAUUGACAUUGUAGUAGUCAUAGUAUAAGGUAUAGGGUUUUAGGUAACAAAUUGCAAAAUUUAAUGCAAAGAUACCUUUAACUACAUUUUGGUAUCUAAAUUUACUUUGAAAGGCUUUAAAUAGUAAAUUCAAAGUAUCUCAGUAUCAUUACGUAAAUAAAAGUUGUAGCCAGAUACGAAAGCAUUACUAGUGCCCAUUACAAUAACAAUCCAAUGACGCAGUAACUUUUUGUGCUUUUUUGAUGACAUUUUGAGUAUAACAUUGGUGGCAAACAAUGUCACAAAGUAACGGCAGGAAUGUAUUUUAAGACAUCUGAGGCAAAUGUCUAGACACAGUCAUUGUUUUACUACCAACAACAUGCCUUAGGUAGUAACAUUAGGUAACGGGAUAAUCCUGAACCCACGUUAAGAUUACUAUGACUUGAGAUUACCUUGACGUAGUGUUACUACAACAUAAUAUACUUUUACCUUCCGGAUAACACUGCCAAUACCAAAGUAAUAACAAAAGCUUUUAAAAUAUUUUUUAAAAUUUCAAAAGGUAUAUGCCGUUUUUCAUUUCAAAGCUAAAAUGUAAAAUGGCAUAUACUCCGUCAAAUUCUGGGUUACUAAUUGAAAAACCCAUUUCCGUGUCAAUGCCAUUUACAAUGUUAUGUUUGUUUUUCAGACAAAAACCGUCAUUUUCAUAAAUAUUCAAAUGAGUUUACUCGGUUACGCGAGCAUGUGUUAUGUGCAUGCUUGAUUAAUAUUUUGAGUGAAUUUUUGUGAAAAUACAAAAAAAAUACAACGGCUAUGCACUUUUUGACCAAUUCCAAAGAAUUGAAUGAGAACCAUAAAAUUUUGACAUUAUUCUUACAAAAGCAAGAUCAAAUUUAAAAAAUUUUAAAAUAAUCACAUUUCCAACCAAAACAUCAAAUUUCAGAAUCCUGAACGAAGGUGGAAAACCCAUCUACGGCUUCACAUUCAAAAAAGAGCUCCGCAACGUAAAUCCCUUCAGCACCUCGAUGAAGGAUCGUACCAAACGGAUCGCCAAAGAAUUGGCAUCGAUGCACAACUCUCUGCCACUCAACGCCUCCAACAGUAUCUUCGUAUGUAUGGACGAAACUCGAUGUGACAUUCUGAAAGUCCUCAUCAGUGGCCCUGAUGACACUCCUUAUCAGAACGGCCUGUUCGAGUUCGACGUCUUCUUCCCCAACAACUACCCUCAGGCACCACCAAAGUGUUCCUUCUUGACUACUGGUAAUGGUACCAUCCGCUUCAACCCCAACCUUUACAACGAUGGUAAAAUAUGUUUGAGUAUCUUGGGAACGUGGGAAGGACGGCCAGAAGAGAAGUGGAAUCCAUUCUGCUCGUUGCUUCAGGUCCUGAUCAGUAUUCAGGUAAGAAUGUUUUACUGUGGUAUCUAGGGUAUUUUACAUCGUAUUUCUUUCACGAUUUUUUAGUGUAAUACGAUGAUAUAUAAAGUUUGAUACAAGGUACUAGAUAGCCUUCAUUUUUACUAUUGUAAACAUCUUUGUCAUUUCUUACUGUAUUGCCACUUUUUGUUGUGAUAGUAUAUCCGCGAAUACGUUGAAAUAACACACCCAAUCAUUACUUAUUACUACUAUCAACAUAAUGGUAUCUUUACAAAAUGUCAUUUUCACAUUGAAAAGAAGGUGUUUUGUGAUACCUAAGACAACAUAUUCUUAUCGUGAUUCCGAAGAAGUGGUGCUAAUAACACACCUUUCACACGCAUUAACCGGCCCUAUACCGCCAAUAAUGAGUAUUCCCAAGUUGUUGUUGUUUUCCCUCUCACCUUGUUAUUAGUGAAAGUGGUGUACAAAAUCAGAAGACACAACAACAACAAUCUUUUGUACUGUAGUGCACGAUGGCACUUUCGACUGGUACUCAAUCAACAGAUUUGAAUUUGUAUGAUUGUCAACUACAAUUUGGAUUGUUAUAAUCCACAACAACAAAAUUCAUAAUUCUUUUUGAAAUUUAAAAAAAUAUUCAAAUUAAUCCAAUUUUGUUUGAACUUUAAAGAAAAACUCUCAAAUUUCGAUCAAAUUUAAAACUGUCUAAACUCAUUCGAAAAAUACUGUAGUUAGAUUACAUACAAAAAACAUCAAAGAACCUCAAAUUGAUGUUUAUUGUAUGUACGAUAACGUAACGUGCUUUAUAUAACAAUGUAAACAAAAGGUUAUACCAGUUAUCAUGCCUCCCGACUAUGAAAAUGUAAAUUCAGAAAACACUUCCCCAAUCUAUACUUAAUAUGAUGACACACAUCCAAUACACUUACUAUCCUCAUACCUACUUAUCUCCAAUUAUGCCACUCGAUUAUGCAAAUCAUUUCAGGGCCUUAUCUUCGUUAAGCACCCCUACUUCAAUGAACCCGGCUUCGAGAAGUUCCAAGGAACGCCAAAGGGCGAGGAAUACUCAAGGAAGUACAAUCUUCACAUCGAGAACGCGACCAUGUUGUACGCCAUCAUGGACAUGUACAAGAAUGGGCCUUCGUACUUCCGCGACGUCAUCAAACGCCACUUUUGGAUCAAACGCCAAUCGGUGAUCGAGCAGGCGGAGCGAUGGAUCAAGGAGUCUCACCUCGACUCGAAUCAGCUCACUCACGAUCUUCUGGAGUCGGAAGCCUUGGCUGAGACUGCUUACAUCAACCCGACGUUGCAGGUAAGAAUGUUUGACAUGUUUGCAUGAUUUUUAUAUUGAGGUAGAUAAGUUAUUUUUGAUAAUGAAAUUUUUUUAAAAGAAUGAACCCCUAUACUUAUAUAUAAGCUUUAAGACGCGCCAUUCUUUUUUCAUCAUAUUAGUUUAAAGAAUAUUUUCGUAUGUUUGACUAAUGCCAUUGUAAAUACCAUAGUAUGACCCCUAAUAGUAUGAUAACACGCUUAUCGUGAACCACGAUACUUUUGUGUAACAUUACUCUUAACGAUGUAAAGUGAUUACAACGUUAACAUUAAUUGAACACAACAUUAACAUACAUUUUAAGCCUCUUUAUUAUCCAAAAAAUCACAUGCCAUUACUUAUAAUAGUAUGUGAUCUCCCCUUUUAAUACCACAAGAUUCAUAGAAACCAAAAGUUUCGUUGAAAGAUACCACGGUAAUUAACAUCACGUAACAAUAACACCCAUGUGAGCGUUUAAUAACCGGGUUAGCAUAACAAUUAACUUCGUAAUACAAUCUGUUAUCAGCUGAUUUAAUAACCGAAUUUGGUCACAACUUCCGUAUGACACACUAAUUGGGUUACAAUUGCUCACAGUAAUACUGAUUAUAGUGUUAUGGCUCAUAGUAACUGUAAUACCAACUAAGUAUCAAGCAUAGUAUUAUAAAAAUGGGAUUAGCUCUACAAUAAGUGUUACAAUGUAAUGAAGAUUAACAUUAAUGUUCCGGUUAAUCAUAUACAAAGUAAUAAACAACACAUAGUUACAUAAAACACCAUUUUUACUGUAAGCCUAAUCGUACUAAACACACUGUCAUUUCAGCGACAAACAGUCGAUCGUCUUAUCAACGAAUUCAAAAACAUGAAGAACCCCAUGGAAAAGUGA